UUGCUCCGGUGUUUGAUCCCUAAAACUUUCCCCCUCUUCAACGUUCCAAAGUUUCCCUUCCACCCUCCUCAGUCUUUAUCAUCUCUCUCCCAAAACCAUAUUUCUCCCCCAAAUCCUCAACAAUGGAAGAUCCAACCUCACUAGGCUCAUCCUCACUCCCAUCUCCCUCCUCAACCGACGCCAAAAAACGCACAGUAACCUACUUCUACGAACCCUCUAUCGGCGAUUACUACUAUGGUCAAGGCCACCCCAUGAAACCCCAUCGUAUUCGUAUGGCUCACAAUCUCAUCGUUCAUUAUUCCCUCCAUCGUCGCAUGGAAAUCAACCGUCCAUUCCUUGCCGAAGCUUCCGAUAUUCGUCGCUUUCAUUCCGACGAUUACGUUGAUUUCCUUGCUUCUGUUUCACCUGAACUCUGUGGUGUUUUCUCUUCUUCUUCUUCGCUUGACCAUGCGCAUUCCAGACACUUGAAAAGGUUUAAUGUGGGAGAUGAUUGUCCUGUUUUUCCUGGGCUUUUCUCGUUUUGUCAAGCUUCUGCCGGUGGGUCUAUUGGAGCUGCUGUUAAAUUGAAUAGGAAAGAUGCUGAUAUUGCUAUUAAUUGGGCUGGUGGGUUGCAUCAUGCUAAAAAAUCCGAGGCUUCUGGGUUUUGUUAUGUUAAUGAUAUUGUUCUUGGGAUACUUGAACUUCUUAAAUAUCAUAGGCGUGUGCUAUACAUUGAUAUUGACGUGCAUCAUGGAGAUGGUGUUGAAGAGGCCUUCUACACCACUGAUAGAGUUAUGACGGUUUCCUUUCACAAGUUUGGUGACUUUUUUCCUGGAACUGGACACAUUAAAGACAUUGGAGCAAAUAAUGGGAAACAUUACUCUCUAAAUGUUCCACUGAAUGAUGGAAUAGAUGAUGAUAGUUUCAGAGGUUUAUUCAGACCCAUCAUUCAAAAAGUCAUGGAUGUUUACCAGCCUGAUGCCGUUGUCCUGCAAUGUGGAGCAGAUUCACUAUCUGGUGAUAGGCUUGGCUGUUUCAACUUAUCUGUAAAAGGGCAUGCUGAUUGCUUGCGGUUUCUUAGAUCUUUUAAUGUCCCUCUAAUGGUUCUGGGUGGAGGAGGGUACACUAUUCGAAAUGUAGCUCGUUGCUGGUGUUAUGAGACAGCAGUUGCUGUUGGGGUAGAACCUGAUAACAAGUUGCCGUACAAUGAGUAUUACGAGUAUUUUGGCCCAGAUUACACUCUUCAUGUCGAGCCUAGUAAUAUGGAAAACCUGAACUCCCCCAAAGAUUUGGAAAAGAUUCGGAAUAUCCUUCUAGAGCAACUAUCUAGAAUACCUCAUGUGCCGAGUGUUCCAUUCCAGACAAAUCCUCCUUCCGCAGAACAACCAGAAGAGGAAGAAGAAGACAAGGACCAAAGACAAAAACCUCGCCUCUGGAAUGGUGAGGAUUCUGAUUCUGACCAUGAGGACAAUAUGAUGCCUUAGCCUGGACCUACCAAGGAUGUUUUGUAGAAAAUGACAGGUCGGAACUUUGAGAUAACGUUGCAGUCGCGCAUUUGGAGAGCAAAUGCUAUGCAGCAUUGAAGUAUUUGAUUGCACGACUUGGUAAUGAACAUACAUUUUAUCAACAUAUGUCGGACAAUUUAGAGACGGUAUAGGAUUCAAUCGAAAGGAAAACUGUUUUUGAUAACUAAUCAGGUGUAAUUACUCUUUGCGUAUCAUUUUAUUUGGGGAAUGUGUAGUUAAGUAGCUGUAUGCACACACCCUUUAUCAAUACAUCGGCUGAAAGCGUCUAUUUUACUCGAAGGAA